CAUUAUCAAGUUUCCGUAACGAGAACUUCGUUUUGAUUUAUGGUCCGUUUACGCGAGUGAAAAAAAUAGUGAUAAAUUUUCAUUGAUUUCAAUAUUAUUGUUGCUUACCCUACACUGUGGACGGGUUCGCAAUGUAUCGACGCAGGGCUUCCGAGUGAAUAAUAUAAUGAAAGGAUCUACAGAAGGCAAAGUGGUGGUGAAAGUGAUAAGACUGUUUUAAUUUUAUAUGCUAACCACUGGAUACAGUAUUUCGGCAAAACUUGUGCGGGAGGAGUAAUCUCACAAAGCGAAAAAAAACUAAGCUUCCAUCCGCGCAUCCUGAAUAUUGUUCUGCGAAGAAUCGGUCUUUUUUCUCUUGUGUGUCGGAGAGUUUAGAGAAAAAAGAAAUCAAAAUGGCGCGUCUACGUACAUGUUUUAUAAUUUUGUCAAUGUUGACGACUCUCCUGGCACAGUCUGUCCGGCACGGAUUCCCACCUGAUUUUCUUCAUGUCAAUUAUGACGAGGAUUCCGCGUCGAGGCAGCCAUUCGUGAUAAACCGUGCUGCCGCUGUUGAUGGUGAAGAGGAUAGUGUGCAAAUUUUCAGUCGCUUGAAACGUAGUCCCGCGGGGUCCAGCUCGGGCUCCGGCUCCUCCAUGGGGAGCUCAUCUUCCGUGACCGCCAGCCCCACGAAUGGUAGCAAAAAUCCACUCCCGCAAGUGAUUGAAACCAAAGUAAACAAACUAAAUGACUCGCACGCUCAGCUGAUCGUGCAUUGGCUCGGCGAGGGUACCAGUGUGAUGAUUUGUCUGGCACGAGAGCCACCAGCAGAUAAUGAUGCGAAAGCACCACCACCGCAGCCGUCGAGAAUUUUUGUUUCGAAGGAUUAUGGAGAUACAUUCGAUGAUCAGACGGAAAUGUUUGCCCUCACAAUCAAUGGAACAACUGUGAACUCGACGGUGGAGCAGUUUUUCACUCAUCCAAAAUUUAACACGAUAGUUUUUACCGAUCCCAGGAAUAAAGCAAUAUUUACCUCGGAAGAUUACGGCAAAUCAGUCACCGUGCGGAUGCUUGAUUUCACGCCAUCCGAUGUAACUUUCUAUGAAGCGGAUACGAAGAUGAUUCUUAUUUUGGACAAAAAGGACCCUGAGCGGAAGCUUUAUUACACAACAGAUUUUGGCGCGUCGUUCACGUUGUUGCAAAGUUACGUAAAAUCAUACAUAUGGUCAUCGGGCGAUGGAGUGCCGAUUCAUUUGUAUGUGGAACGGAAAGAACCAACAAACACUUCAUCCGUUAUCUUCUAUAAUGCGGCAAACCUGCGCAACAAUACCAACCAGUUCAAUGUUUUAAUCGAGAAAGUCGAAGAUUUUCAUAUCAAGAAAGAUUUCAUGUUUGCCUCGCAGCGACUUCCCAACAGCACCCAACUGUUGAUUUCCUACAAGCGUGGUAAAUUUGUGAAAGCCGACUUCCAGACAGAGCUGGACAUGAGGGGUUACCACGUAGCGGAUGUCGAUGGUCGGAGAAUAAUGAUUUCGGUUGUUCACACGGAACGCAUUUCCCAUCUGUACGUGUCGGAGUCGAACGCUGAUAUGACCGACAUCAAAUUCGUACCAAGUUUGGAGAACAUUUUCACUUACGUGCCUGAGCUGAAUUGGCGAUCAAGUUGGUUGGUACAAUCGUCGGAUGGUGCCUUCACGGACCUUUACAAGGUGGAAGGAUUGAAGGGAAUCUAUAUUGCAUCGAAAAUUAAUCGUAUACCACUAGGCGAAACCAUCUCUCCUGAUUCAUUGGUGUCGCUCAUUACCUUCGAUCAUGGAGCAUCGUGGAGGCCGAUAACGGCACCGACAACCGACGACGAUGGUUUGCCGAUACAAAACUGCAUUAAAGACUGUAGCCUGCAUCUUUCACAGAAGUUCAGCUCGCUGUAUCCGGUAACAAGAUCAGUGAGCAUUAUGAGUUCCAAAUCGGCACCCGGCGUAAUCAUGGCAUCGGGUGUUGUCGGAAAAUCUCUGAAGGGACAUCCAGGUGUUUACAUUUCACGAGAUGCCGGUCUUACCUGGAAACAAAUACUGAAGGAUUAUCACUUUUUCAACAUGGGUGAUCACGGAGGAAUUUUGGUAGCAGUAAAAUACUUCAAAUCCAAAGGAGAAACCAACGAGAUUCUGUACUCUACUGAUGAGGGAGAAAAAUGGAUGUCAACAUCAUUCCAUUCAACGAAUCUCAAGGUUUAUGGGCUGAUGACGGAGCCUGAAACUAAUACGACAAUCUUCACACUUUUUGGAUCCGAGCAAGAUCUACACAAAUGGCUGAUUAUUAAAAUCGACCUGAAGAAAGCGUUCACAUCCAACUGCACUGAGGACGAUUACAAGUUUUGGGCACCUGGUGCCAGCACGGGGGACUCGUUUAUGCCAUGCAUUUUGGGUUUGCAAGACACAUAUCAGCGCAGGAAACCUCAUGCGAACUGUUACAACGGUAUUGAUUACGAACGCCCAAUAAGACAACAAGUUUGUAUGUGCAACAGUUGGGAUUUUGAGUGCGAUUUUGGUUUUAGUCGAAGUGGCUCCAAAAAUAGCCCAUGUAUGCGUAACCGGACGGUGGCUAACUAUGAUCCUUAUGCGAUCCCUAGCAGUUGUAAACCAGGGAAAUUUUUCAACAGAACCAAGGGCUAUCGGAAAAUCGAAGGGGAUGUCUGUAUUGAUGGUUAUUCAUCGCAGUUUUUGCCGCAAUCCAUUCCAUGUCCCAUGGAGGAGCUCAAUGAAUUCCUAGUGAUUGCACAGAGAGAUAAAAUUUCCCGUAUAAAUUUGGCCAACAAAACGAGGGAAGUUUUCCCCGUUACAGGAUUGAAGAAUGUAAUCGCGAUCGAGUUUGACAUGAAGCACAAUUGUGUGUUCUGGGCAGACAUCAUGACCGAUGUUAUCGGCCGCCAAUGUUUGAAUGGAGAUCAACCGCCGGAACUUUUGGUGGAUACUGGACUUUCUUCGGUGGAAGGCAUGUCUUACGAUUGGGUGUCGGAGAUGUUGUACUUCGUUGAUGGCAUGAGGCUGAAGAUUGAGGCCGCCAAAACUAGUUCCGGUCCGCUGGGAAAGGUGCGGAGAACGAUUAUCGAUGCGCCCAAUUUGAACAAGCCUCGUGGUAUUGUUGUGCAUCCAUUGCAGGGGUAUUUGUUCUGGACGGAUUGGAAUGCUCUGCGGCCCUCUGUUUCGCGUGCUAAUUUAGAUGGGAGCGAUAUCAAACACUUAUUUACGAAACCAGAAGUCGUGUGGCCCAACGGCGUUACGAUCGAUUUUAUUGCCGAACGAUUGUAUUGGGUUGAUGCGAGUAAAGAUUACAUUGCGAGCAGUGAUUUGAAUGGUAAGAAUUUCAUGAAGAUUCUCCAGCAAGACUCGCGUGUCGCACAUCCGUUUGCAGUUGCCGUACUGAAGGAUCUUAUGUACUGGGAUGAUUGGAAAAUGAAUUCGGUUUAUUCCGCUGACAAGGAUCAUGGCAUAAUGAUAAACACUAUUGUGGAAGAGAUGAUGAACUCGAUGGAUUUAAAAAUUUACGGCCAUUCAAUACAGGAAGGAACCAAUGCUUGCUCGGUGGAAAAUAAAUGUUCCCACAUAUGUGUCGGUGCUCCAAAAGGAGGAUACAGUUGUUUGUGUCCGGAUGGAAUGGUGAAAAAUGCUCAGGAUCAAUGUCUUUGCCCGGGCGAAGUAACACCGUUUGCGAACAAUACAUGCGCCCGUUCGGGAAGCACGUGCGGAUCGAAAUUAUUCGAUUGCAAGAACAGCAUUUGCGUUCCACUCAUUUAUAAAUGUGACGGAGAUGACGAUUGCGGGGAUCGAUCUGACGAGGAAGGUUGUCCGGCAGAUAAGCCUCCCUGUCCGCCGUAUAUGUUCACGUGUAAGUCGGAUAAACAAUGUGUGCCGAAAUAUUUCGUUUGUGACUAUGAUCGCGAUUGUUUGGAUGGAUCGGAUGAACAGAACUGCAAGGCGGCUUCGUGUAAAUCCGAUGAGUAUACCUGUGGAAAUGGUAGAUGUAUCAAUAAGAGUUGGCUCUGUGAUGGCGAAGAUGAUUGUCGCGAUGGAACGGAUGAGUCAGCUUGCAAUAAAAAUAGCACAGUUGUAGUUGAAUGCAAAUCGGACGAGUUCCGUUGCAACGGAACAAAUACUUGCAUACCAAAGCUGUGGCGUUGCGAUACUGAACACGAUUGCAACGAUGGGUCAGAUGAGCUGAACUGCACUAAGAAAGAAUGCGAAUCGUGGAUGUUCAUGUGCGAGAGCGACAUGCGUUGCAUCUAUAAAACAUGGCAGUGCGACGGGGAGAAGGAUUGCAAGGAUGGCAGCGACGAAAAGAAUUGCAAUGCAUCUACGGAAGUGCCAAAGAAACCUGGAAUUAAUUUCUUGCCGGGAGAUUCGUGUCAUGAUUGGAUGUUCAAAUGUGCCAACGAUAAAUGCGUGCCAUAUUGGUGGAAGUGUGACGGAGUUAAUGACUGUGGAGAUGGGUCUGACGAGGCGGGAUGUAAUACUACUCAAACAAUGACAAGUACAACUACGAAGCCGAUCCCGACGAGGAAGAAGGAGAGAACUUGUGGUUUGCAUGAAUUCAGGUGCGAUACGGGUUUGUGUAUCUCUAAGCGUUUCGUUUGUGAUGGCUAUGCAGACUGCUCGAAAGGCGAAGAUGAGGACAAUUGCCCAUCACAGAAGCAGUGCAGUAACAAGCAGUUCAAAUGUCGUAGCGAUGGAAUGUGCUUACCGUUGGACAAAUAUUGUAACAACGUAAUAGACUGUGCUGACGGAAGCGAUGAAGAUUGCAAAUUUAAAGCCAAUACAUCUGCAACUGCUGGCAAUAACUGUACAAACAAUCCUGGGGUGUUCACCUGUGAUAACACUUGUCUCGCUCUGAUGGCUAAAUGCGACGGCAAGCUUGACUGCUACGAUGGAAUGGACGAGGAGCACUGUGAAAAUGUUAAAGUCAAAAACUAUCAGGUGACACAAAUCGGUGUGGAUGAACGCUCGCUGAAUUCAACCAGUUUCCUAAUAUUCUGGUGGAUUCCUCUGCCGCAGAACGUCAGCUUGGAAUAUUUGCCCUCGAUCUACUACAAUGGGGAGUGGAAGAAUGUUAGUAAUUGGCUUGAUCAAACGGAUUAUCGAUUCACAAACUUGAAACCCUACACGCUGUACAAUGUGACAACAUAUGUCAGAGCCAAGAAUCAAACAAAAAUUACUCCGCCGUACAUUUUUUACGAAAUCGCCACAAGUGAAGGAAUUCCAAGCAUCCCGUUGAAUGUGUCUGUCGUGCAAAUCAAUGGGUCGCGUAUUCAGGUCAGCUGGCAGGCACCAAAGGAAGUGAAUGGCCAGUUGCAGGGUUACACAAUCAAUUAUAGAUCGCAAUCGAAAAACGUUGGGCCGGCGCAAAACGUAAAAGUUGGUCCAUCCGAGACCAGUGUUAUUAUUGAAACCGAAUUCAAACCUGAAGUGGUGUAUGAGUUCUGGGUGAAGGCACGGAACGGAAAGCACGAAUCUAUUUCGUCCAACAUGGUGCAGCUAAAAUUCGACGGUACAUCAAAUAUCGAGAAAAUUAGCAAAAUCGAUGUUGUGAACAUAACUAAGAAAUCGGUGACCCUCGAAUGGAAGCCGGUCCACAAUGCGGAUGGAUACAUGAUUCAACCGAUUUUACCACAAUCAUAUCCACUUUUGAAUACAAUUUGGGUUAAAAAUUCAACCGUUACGCUGGAUAAUAUGGUGCCCGGAACACAGUACGUUAUAAAGGUGGCUGCCUAUGUUAAACAGUACGUUGGACGCCAUGAAACCACUAUUGUCUCGUUCGGUGGGGAUCCUUUACCCGCUAUCAACGUUCGUCUGAAGCAACAGACUCAGGAUUUUUCGUUGAUUGAAUGGGAUGAGCCAGAAGGUCACGGAAUGUUGGUUUAUGGAAUUUAUUAUGGCACCAACAUGGAUCAGUUGUUUGAAACAUCUAGGAUCAACACAUCCUCGACGAGUUACAAAUUGACGAAAUUGCGACCUUGUGAAUCAUAUGUGGUUAGCGUUGGUAUCGUUAGCCCCAUUGGUCCCGGGCCACUGGGACGAAAUCCACUGAAACUCGAUACGCCCUACAACAACACGUUGCCGCCGAAGGAACUGGUGGUGGAUAUAACCGAAGCUAGUCAUAAUUCUUCCGAAAUGGUUAUACAGUGGAAGCAUAGCUGUUCACUGGAAUCCUCUGCGUAUCCUAAUUAUAUUAUUGCUGUCCGCGAGCUGACCAAGAAUAGAACAUCGCUGGUGAAUGUGAAAUCCUCCAACAAUAAAACACUAGUUCACGUGUUCCGCAGUAUUCCGCGCGGUGCUGCGUAUGAAAUUUCGGUUUCGACCGACGUUCCCAGCUCGCAAGUAGUUUCAACGAUCGCAUAUUCAGCACCACUUCCGGCGCCAGCCCGAUUGCAGGUCUGGCCAGAGGCGAACGGAACCUAUGUCGUUUAUUGGAAGCCAGUGAGUGAUUUUAAGGAUGUUGGAUUCCUUUAUCAAGCCGUGGUCUAUGAGGGAAAAGGUGUGAACACUACCAGUUCUCCUUUGAUAACGAUAGAGGCCAAAGAACCCCCAAUCCUGAUCAACCCGGAUCGAUUGUCAGGUGUUGUGAUGGAUAGCAUUUUCACGAUAGGCGUGAGGCUGAAAACAGACGAUGGCUUCUAUUCCGACAUAGUUGAAACAGAGUCUUUUGCAAAACACAACUUUUUGGGUUUGGUGCAAGAUUCGUCCUUCUCGUCUGCGUGGCUGUGGAUUGUACCCACUGUUGUAGCCAUGGUGCUUGCGGGAGCGGUUGUUUAUGUAGUGCAGAGGCAUCGACGACUGCAGACGUCAUUCAGUCGCUUUGCCAACUCGCAUUACGACACACGAACGGGUGCUACGCGUAUCGGUGAUAGUUUGGAUGAUGAUGACCACGAGCAUCAAGAGGUGCCACGCAGCUUUUCCGAUGAUGAACCGCUAGUCAUCGCGUAAGAGCAGUCUCUCUGUUUCCUUUCCAAUUGCGGAAAUCAGAGAAAAUAAGAAGCGAAAUGCGCUUUGCAACUAUUCUGCUCAUUAGUUAAUUAUCCUCCAACAAGAAAAAAAACUGAAACAACGCGAUAAAAUGGGUUAGUAAUAAUGUAAGUGAACUUCAUUUCAUGAAGAUCAGGUUCGUUUUGUCUGUGAAAAAAAAUGAGUGAACUUGUAUAAAAGUUAAUUUAACAACGCAUGUGUUAAUCCUACAAAGCAAAAGACUUGUAAUCAUGUAAUGGUAAUUUAUGUUGAUUUUUAUUUUAAUGUUUAUUUUAUUUCGUUGUAUUAUAAAUUUUUGAAUUAUUUUCUGUAUAGAAGAUUUCUUGUAACAUAUUCAGUAAUCGUUAGGAAUCAAGCAAGACUUGCUUAGGGAGAUUGAGACAUGAAUGAGAGAGCGGUAUAAGAAGAGAAAACUAAACAACAAUUUGUAGGAUGCAUAUGUGUAUAUUUUAUGCAGAUAACGGAUGAUAUUAUUUCGAGUAAUAGUAAUAAUUGAAUUCAAAUGUCAAGAUUCACUAAAAAAAUUGAAACCUUCUAGAAGGCUCAUGAAAAACUAGGAGCUAAGAACUGUUCUUUUUGGAAUCGACUGUUGUCUAGAAUAAUUCAUUUAUUCUAGUAACAUUGGUUAGUUUAUUUGCUGUUCAGAUGGAUUCACCAAGCAAUGAUAGCAAUCGCGUUCGAUUUUAUGCUCUAAAUAGUAGAAAUCAACAUGAUUUGAAAUGUUUAACGAUUCCACUGAGGACUACAAAUGUGUGCUAAAACAAGCGGUAAAGACAAAGAUUAAUGAUAGUAGACUACAAUAAAUAUAACGAUACAAUAUUAAGCGAUAAGCUAGGAAACCGAAGGCAUCUGGAAGUGUUUGAUCUGUGUUUUCUAGGUGAUUUUUAUGUAUAACUGAGUGUAAAAUAGUAGGAAGAAUAUUGAGAGAAGGGUAAGCUGUGGGAAAUGGAAAUUUUCGUUCCUCGUCACAAAAACACAAAUCUUCUUCCCGUUUGAACCGUUUUGUUUUCGUGUUUUAGUCGUGAAACUAAACGAUAAGUAGUGAAGCAAAACUAAAAUAUAACUGAAAAUUAUCGUGGUAACGAUCAAUAUGAUAUAAUGAAGGUGAUAGACAUAUUCAAUUAGAA